AUGGCUACAAAAUCGAAAGCAAAAGGAAAUGUCGCUGCAUUAACAAACGAUCAACAGCAACAAAUAGUAUCUGGUUUUCAAUCAUUACGUGAAGAACAAACUCAAUUGGUUAGUAAAACACAAGAUCUUGAAAUGGAUUUAAAAGAACACGAUCUUGUUUUGUCAACAUUGAGAACAAUUACUGAUAAACAACGACGCUGUUAUCGUAUGAUUGGUGGUGUGUUAAUUGAACAUACAGUUGGAGAAGUAUUACCAGCUCUAGAAUCAAAUCGAGAACAAAUUAAAAAUGUUAUUGAUACAUAUAAACAAAAAAGCGAAGAAAAAUCGAAGGAGAUACAAACGUACAAAGAAAAAUAUGAUAUUCAUUUUGCAAGUGAAAGAAACCAACAGCAAUUGACUGGUCCUAGUGGAGAUACAACAAAAUCUACAUCAACAUCAGAAUCGACAAAAGAGCAAAUAAAAGAUGAUAGUUCAAACGCAAACUUUUUAUUCCUACUAACAAUGGCAAGCGCAGAGUCAGACGAGUCUGACGAUGAACUACCAACAUCCUGGGAAAAAUGUGCGACUAAUAGUGAUUUACCUUAUGGAUGGAAACAAGUCGUGGAAAAAGAUGGAAAUAUUGGCUAUAUUGAUGAAUUGAACAAACGAUUCAGUAUGAUUGAUCCUAGAGUUAUGUUUCAACAGGAUGCAACAACACAAGAUAUGACCGCUACUUAUAGUCAUCAAUCGACAGCGUUACAAAUUUUAUAUGGAAAAGAUCUCUCACAUAAAACAGCUGUAGUAACUGGAGGAACUACCGGCAUUGGUUACGAAAUUGCUCGUUCAUUGGCAAAGCAUGGUUGUCAAGUUAUUAUCGGAUGUCGUCAUUUAUCUAAAGGAGAAGCUGCUUGUAAAAAAAUACGACAAGAACAAAAAAAUAUUAAUAUUAGCUGCCGGGAACUGGAUUUAUGUUCAUUGAGAAGUGUAAAGCAGUUUGGUGAAAAGUAUCGUCAAGAUCGUUUACCACUACAUUUGUUAAUAUUGAAUGCGGGAGUAUUAAAAACAAAAUUUAAUUUGACUGAAGAUGGCAAUGAAGAAAUGUUUCAAGUUAAUUAUUUAGCACAAGUUUAUUUAACAUUGAGUCUAAUAUCAGUUUUAUUAACAACAGAAUCAAAAACUCCUCCACGUGUUGUUGCUGUCAGUUGCGAAGCACAUCGUGUUGAAAGUCCAGGUAUAUCGGUAACUGAUGGCAUCAAAGUUGAUCGUCUAAGUCCACGUUCUCCAGCUUAUUUCGAUCAUCUAUUAGCAUAUGGUCAAUCAAAAUUAUGUUUAAUCAUGUUUAUUGCCGAAUUCAGAAGAAACUAUCCACCGAAACAUAUCGUCAGUAGUAAAGUAAACUAUGGCGAACAUAAAUAUAAUGUUUUUGGCUGUCGUCGUUAG